CCAAAAUGUAACUACGUGAAGUGCAAGAACCUCUUCAUCCACAUUCCAAGAAUCAUUAAAAACUACCUUCAAACAUGAGGCUCUUAGCUGGAAAUUUCAAAUCAAAUUGCAACAUAAUACACUCCUCAAAUUAUAACUUGCUUUUCACCAAAAAGCAUCUGGAAUUUGCACUUCCUACUUCAAGGUGCUCUACACUAAGAAAAUCGAGUGCUCGUGGCUUCAGGAUCACGAGCUCGUGGAACCCAGGGUCGGGUCACUGCUCUGUCGCAGACAGAACAGCUGAACUCCGACACCGGUGGAUGGAAUUCCAAGGUAUCAAGAAUUGGGAAGGUUUGCUUGAUCCACUUGAUGAUGAUCUCCGUAAGGAGAUCUUAAGGUACGGGGAAUUUGUCGAAGCAGCCUAUCGCUGCUUUGACUUUGACGUGUCAUCACCUACGUAUGCCACUUGUCGUUAUCCUACGAAUUCAAUGCUGACAGACUGCGGACUAGACAAGAGCGAAUAUAAGGUAAUCAAGAACCUUUAUGCCACAUGUGCAGUUCAAAUGCCAAGUUGGACUAAAAGGUUCCCGAAUUUAGCGUCCCCGUGCUCAAGCUGGAUUGGUUACGUGGCAGUUUGCGAAGACGAGGAAGAGAUCGCCAGACUUGGGCGUCGUGACGUGGUGAUUGCUUAUAGGGGUACUGCCACCUCAUGUGAAUGGCUCGAAAAUUUACGUGCCACGUUAACUGCUUUACCGGAUGACAUGGCACCCGAAAAUUACGAUCAACCCAUGGUACAAAGUGGAUUCUUGAGUUUGUACACAACAAAAAACGAAUGUGAUCAAAGUUUACAAGACACAAUUAGAGAAGAAAUUGGCAACAUUCUUGAAAAGUAUAGCGACGAGCCUUUAAGUAUAACUGUCACAGGCCACAGUCUUGGAGCUGCCCUUGCAACAUUAACAGCGUACGAUAUAACUAAAAAAUUUAGUCACGCACCAAUAGUAACAGUCCUAUCAUUUGGAGGACCUAGAAUAGGAAACAAAAGUUUUAGAUGUCAAUUAGAGAAAAGUGGUACAAAUGUUCUCCGCAUUGUCAACUCCGAAGAUCCAAUUACAAAAGUUCCCGGGUUCGUGCUCGACGAAGAUGAUGACGUGGCGGAAAGAGGGGGUGCCCACAUGGCGACAACGGGGCUGCCAAGCUGGCUUCAAAAAUGCAUGGAGGAUACACAAUGGGUAUAUGCUGAGGUGGGCAAAGAACUUAGAUUAAGUAGUAAAGACUCUAAAUUUAGCAAAGCUGGAGAUGUGGCCACGUGUCAUGAUCUCAAGACGUAUUUGCACUUAGUGAACAAUUUUGUAAGUGAAAAGGAUGUAGAAAGGCGAGAUCAAGAAAGAACUGUGGCUUUAGUUUGACAAAUCUUUUCUUUACUCGGUAUAGGAAUAGGAAUAGGAAAUAGGAAAUAGGAAUAGGAAUAGGACCACACGUCAGUUUUCUUGAAAAUACACACCAAAAAUGUGUCAGCUGAAAAGGGUUUCCAUUAUUUUUGAAGGAGCCCUACUCUCGUUGCCUAUACUCCAUAGGUUAGCCAUAUUCUUAAUGUAUACAAUAAUAUAUGGUGAUCAAGUUAUGGAAGUUAAAUAGUCUGCA